AUGGCUAAGUCGAAGAAUCACACCGCUCACAACCAGUAUUACAAGGCUCACAAGAAUGGCAUCAAGAAGCCAAAUAGACAUCACCACACUUCCACCAAAGGGAUGGAUCCAAAGUUUUUGAGGAACCAGAGGUAUGCAAGGAAGCACAACAAGAAACUUUGGGAAGUUUCUGAUGCAGGAGGAAUCACGGUUGGUAAAAGAAAUAGCAUCGUUACCGAGGGUAAGUUCAGUGGCAUUGAGAAUAAUGAGGUGAGUAACGGUGAUGAUGUCAAGAUUAAGCAGAGAAUGAGAAUGAAAUUGACGAAAGUGAAUCCCAGUUCCAUACUUGUAACCGCUGUAGAAUAUGGGGACACUGGAAGAAGAUUCCUCUUUCACCCCCUUCACCCUUCUCCGAAACCAUUCCUCUGGUUCACUCGCCAACCGCUUCACCCCCGAUUCAUCGUAUCCUCCGCCCAUCAACCUGAACCGGACCGGCUUCCUCCACUCAAUGCCCAAAAGGGUAGUCAGCUUAAGAACAGAGUUGUUUUUGGACUUGGUAUUGGAAUUUCUGCCGGCGCUAUUAUUUUGGCCGGAGGAUGGGUUUUUGCAGCAGCCAUGGCAGCAGCUGUCUUUGCUGGUUCACGUGAGUAUUUUGAAUUGAUUCGAAGUCAAGGAAUUACCGAAGGAAUGACACCUCCUCCGCUAUACGUGUCACGAGUCUGCUCUGUCAUUUGUGCCUUAAUGCCACUAUAUGUCAUGUAUCGUGGUCACAUUGAUGUUUCUGUGACUUCUUCUUCUUUUGUUUUGGCCAUGGCAUUACUUGUGCAAAGAGGAAAUGCCCGUUUUGCAUAA